CAAUUCGUGUCCGGGUCUUGGAGCUUUCUCGUUUGCAUGACAAAUAUAGACCGAAUUGUACUUGAGCUGAGCCAUAUAAGCUUUUCGUAAUCAUCAGCUUAGGUUUGGCGUYCAAAACAAGGCRUUCAAAGCAAAACAUUUCUGUUAUWUUUUGCUGGAAAAUCCCAGGGAAGUUUAUGUACUUAAGUUGGMUGAUAGAUAAGUUCUAUACCGUAAGUGAUAAGCCAACAGGUAAAGGAAAUUUUCACAACUUUAGCAAUUACUGCUAGCUGAAGUUGCUUUGCUUGGACCGCCGAUCAACCAAAGGACUCUUAACCUCUUCAAUACUGGUAAUGGCGGCUUGAAUGAAUAUUUAGUACCCGACUGAAAAAAGUCUUGAAAAUCUUGAAAAUUGCUAUUCUUGUCAACUUGAGAACGCAUGUAAGGUUCUUAUCAUUCAUAACGAAGGAUUCAAGAGGAAAGGAGAUCGAUAAAUGACCAGUAUUCGUAAUAAAAGAGCUGAAAAUGUCACAAGGCGGUGAAAACCUCACAACGAACAAAGAUGAGAUUUUGGAUCACCGCUCGCAAGCAGAGAUCAUYCUCCAAGCGGUAUUUCUCGCUAUUAUAAUGUUUUCAUCCAUAUUUGGAAAUAUCUUAAUACUCCUAGCGAUUUACACGAACCAUCGACUGCGCGAGAUAACAAGCGCGUUUAUAGCAAACCUGGCAUGUGCUGAUCUACUGCUAGCACUGAUAGGAAUGCCGUUCACUUUGACAUCUUCAAUCACAUACCGAUGGGUUUUUGGCUGGCAUUGGUGCCAAAUCAACGGAAUGGCUAAUUCGGUGUUUUGUAUAGCAUCUAUGCUGUCUCUAGCWGCUGUAUCUAUGGACAGAUACAUUGCGAUAAUCAAACCGUUGAACUACAAGCUUAUCAUGACGCCUCGUACGGUUACAUUCAUGAUCGUGUAUGUAUGGGUACAGUCGAUUUCCUGUGCUUUGUUGCCAAUCAUGGGAUGGUCACGAUAUACUUUUAUCAUGAACGAGUCUAUAUGCACGGGAGAUUGGGGAUAUAGUAUCCCAUACACUAUGUUUAUAUUUGGAGCCUGUUUCUUUGUACCUUUGCUUGUAAUGAUUUACAGUUACUACCACAUUCUAAGGACUGCUAGAGAACACGCAAAACGCAUAUCCGAGCCAAGGGUUGGUCAAUUGAGUGACCUUCCUCUAAGCACGGCAGUCGCAGUGCCAGCCCCACAAUUGCAACAAUCACAAGAACAAAUUAAAAAGACAAAAGAUCAAACAUUGAAAGAACUUAAGUACAAAAGUGACGCCAAGGCAGCGAAGACAUUGCUUAUUGUAGUUGGUUCGUUUCUUUUUUGCUGGUUGCCGCAUUUUAUAGGCAUGACUUGUUUGCUUUUCCCAUCAUGUGUGUGGCCUGAUGAGUUUUUUGCUACGACUACUUGGUUAGCGAUGAUGAACAGCGGGUGCAACCCAAUUAUCUACGGGGUCCUAAACAGAAGGUUUCGUGAGAGUUUUAAGCGAUUGAUGAGAUGUGGGAGAAUGCAAAGAAGAAUUAAUGCUGAAUCUUGCUUUUAUGAACAUCCAUCUCAUUAAAACUUGAAAAAAAGAAAGAGAAAAGAAAAAGAAAGAAUAAGAAACUUCACAAAAAGUCGGUUACUGAAAUACUUUGAUAUUGUACUGCAUGGUGUACUCGAAAAACAAAAACCAAGAGUCAAUACGUGCAUCAGUACUUUCGGAGGACAUUGCGUCCGCCAUCUUGAAAAGUGAGCCCCGAAUUACUAUGUUGUGCCUUAGAACACAUUUCGUAGUUUCUAAGUCAACUUAUCUACCAUUAUAUUGUACUAUAUUAACUGGACAUUAGCUGAGAAGCUUUUAAUUCCUUAUAUAAUUUAUUUAAGUUAUAAUUUCGUGAUUUGGAGCUCACUUUUCAAGAUGGUGGACGCAUUGUUCUCCAAAAGUACUGAUGCAUGUAUACGUGAAGCGACGUCAUUUUGUACCACAAAGCAUGAUGGGAUUUUUAUAAUAAAAAAAAACGACUUAAAAGGAAGCCUGCUUUAGCAGACAUGAAAAAGUGCAAAGACUACAAGUCACAUCAUGCUUUGUUACACAAAAUGACAUCACCGAACAUUACCUAUUGUUACUGGAAUAUAUGCAAGUGGAGUUACAAAAUGACAAUUCUAAGCAACAACCCCUUAGUUCAGCUCUGAGAAACAGUAAAAAACCCUUUUAGCGACGACACGACCUCCAACAAUGCACUUCGGUAUUAGAAAUAUUCCAUGCAGGAGUAUUCAAUAUUUCUAAAGAAUCCCAGCCACCCACAAUACAGCGCGAGCUCGCGCUGCUGUUUACGUCAAACAUAUAAUAACUUAUAGAUUGAUAGUAGAGCGGAUUUCGUAUGAGUGGGACACCG